AUGACUCGGGUUAACAUUCCUAAGACCCGCCGCACCUUCUGCAAGUCGAAGACUUGCAAGAAGCACACCCCCCACAAGGUCACCCAGUACAAGAAGGGCAAGGACUCCAUCUUCGCCCAGGGCAAGCGCCGUUACGACCGCAAGCAGUCCGGUUACGGUGGUCAGACCAAGCCCGUCUUCCACAAGAAGGCCAAGACCACCAAGAAGGUCGUCCUCCGUCUCGAGUGCACCUCGUGCAAGUCCAAGUCGCAGAUCGCCCUCAAGCGCUGCAAGCACUUCGAGCUUGGCGGUGACAAGAAGCAGCGUGGCGCCGCCAUCUCUUUCUAAGCGUCUUUACGUUGUUCUGGCCGAUCUUUACGCGCUGCUCGUCAUCAAGGACGGAUUUUGCACUCCUCCGGGUCGAUUUUUGUCGAUGGGCGCGCUGGCCGGCUGGUUAGAGUUGGGAGCUUGGAGCAGAUGCACCGGGAUGUAUUGAUAUCACCGACCCC